CCCUGUAAAUCAGCGUGCAGCUGAAUGUCGCUAUACCGCUGUCAUUAAAUUUCUUCACCAUGGCUAUGAAUAACAGAAGCAGCACUUCCUGAUGACAAAAUAAUUUAACUUCAGAAUUCAACCAAAUUCAUUUAGUUACCUGUACAUCUUGUAACACCUGCCAGACAGAAUGAAGUUUCACAGAUUAUUUCAACGACAAGGGAUGCAUGUGCUUUCAAAUGACAUCUACACCUGGAGCAAACUGUCCAUCUUGCUGAAAAAAAAAACCCAAGGAUCUUUUGGUUUUUGCACAUCAUGGAGGAAAUUCUGUUCAUUACGAACAAAUCAGACAGGACUUACAAAAUACAAUCCAAUCAGUGAGCUACAGCCUUUUAUAUCUGUGCCAAUAAUCCAAGAAGGAGCCAUUCCUUUCAAUCCAUCUGAACCUGAAAUAAAAUCUGCUUCAAAAUUCUUCACACCGAGAGGAAGGUCACAUCAAAUACAACACAUAGGGACAGCUGCUGACAUGUCUAAACUACCUACAUAUGAUAUUCCAGAGGUGGCAUUUAUUGGACGAAGCAAUGUUGGUAAAUCCUCUUUGAUACGAGCCCUGUUUUCCAGCGCUUCAGAUGAAGUUCAUCGAAAAGUGGCAGUGUCCUCGAAGCCUGGUCGUACAAAGGCGCUACAGCUGUACCAGGCUGGUACUGCCUUCACACUAGUGGAUAUGCCUGGUUAUGGACACAAUAUGCCGUCCUACUUCAAAGAUUGUGUGGAAACCUAUUUUAAAGAAAGAAAAAAGCUAGUCAGGUCAUUUAUAUUAAUAGAUGCAGUGAUGGGAAUUACUGAGAGUGAUCGAAUAGGCCUGGAAAUGAUGGAGGAAAUGGUUAUCCCUUAUGUAAUGGUGUUGACAAAAAUUGACAAGACUACCAAGCACCAGUUACUGAGAAACUUAAUGUCUGUGAUAGAAUACAGAGACCAACACAACAAAUGUUGUCUACCACAGCCCUUCCUUGUCAGUUCCCACUCUGGUGCAGGGAUAGAACUACUAAAGACUUUGAUUGCGUAUGUGACUGGCAACAUGCUAGUGAAGGGGUCAUGAUGGAGUGACUAUACUGUAACAUGUAAACAACUGGUAUAAAUAUUCACUACCUAUCGGUGACAGGCAGUGUAGGAUUCUGUAUGUGAUGGAGAAAAGUACCAAGUAUUGUGUUAAUGAGGAAGAAGAACCAGUAUUUAGUAUAAAACAUGGACUCAUUUAGUGGUUAGACAAUUUACAGGAUCCUGUAAAUCGUCCGACCCCUCAUUUAGUAAGUAUAUAUAUAUAUGCAGCAUGGAAGUGACUGACAGCCUCCUUUGUGUGAGGAUCUGAUAAACAGACUUUGCUUCACCAUUUUGUGGUGAACGUCGUGCCAGAAAAUACAAUAAAACAUCAAACUGAUA